GCGGUGUGGCUACAGCAAAGCAAAGCAGGAUCCUGAAGAGGAGAAGAUGCACUUUCACAACGGUCACAUAAAGUUCCCGGGGGUGCGUACCUACAUUGACCCCCUCACCUAUGAAGAUCCCAACCAGGCAGUGCAUGAAUUUGCUCAGGAGAUUGACGUCUCAUUCAUCUCCAUAGAGAGGAUCAUUGGAGCCGGGGAAUUUGGAGAGGUGUGCAGCGGACCGCUGAGGCUGCCCGGGAAAAGAGAAAUCCAGGUUGCCAUUAAAACCUUGAAAGCAGGUUACACAGAGCAGCAGAGACGCGACUUCCUGUGGGAGGCGUCAAUCAUGGGCCAGUUUAACCAUCCAAACAUCAUCCAUCUGGAGGGCGUGGUCACAAAGAGCAAACCAGUGAUGAUCAUCACUGAAUACAUGGAGAAUGGAUCACUGGACACAUUCCUCAAGAAAAAUGAUGGUCAGUUUACUGUGAUCCAGCUGGUUGGUAUGCUGCGUGGCAUUGCGUCUGGCAUGAGAUACCUUUCCGACAUGGGCUAUGUCCACCGUGAUCUUGCAGCUCGUAACAUCCUGGUUAACAGUAACCUCGUGUGUAAAGUGUCUGAUUUCGGCCUUUCCCGAGUCCUGGAAGAUGACCCGGAGGCUGCGUACACCACACGGGGCGGAAAGAUUCCUAUUCGGUGGACGGCUCCAGAGGCAAUCGCGUACAGGAAGUUCACCUCAGCCAGCGAUGUGUGGAGUUACGGGAUUGUCAUGUGGGAAGUGAUGUCAUACGGAGAGAGGCCAUACUGGGAGAUGUCCAAUCAAGAUGUAAUAAAGGCCGUAGAGGAGAGUUAUAGGUUGCCAGGUCCUAUGGACUGCCCUGAGGCUCUGUACCAUCUAAUGAUGGACUGUUGGCAGCGAGAACGCAGCAACCGCCCCAAGUUUGAUGAGAUUGUCUGCCUACUAGACAAACUUAUUCGCAACCCCAGUUCAUUAAAAAAACUGGUCAACUCUUCACACAGGGUUUCCAAUCUGUUAGUGGAACAUGCCAGUGUAGAAGGGGACUGCAGCACUCGGAGCCAGACCGUAGGGGAGUGGCUCGACUCCAUCAAGAUGGGUCGUUAUACUGAGCUCUUCAUGGAAGGAGGUUACUCUUCACUAGAGACAGUGGCUCAGAUGACGUCAGAGGAUUUGCGAAGAGUAGGAGUGAACCUGGCUGGACAUCAGAAGAAAAUCAUCACUACUAUUCAGGAGAUGAGAGUCCAUAUGAACAACACCAAUUCGACUGUAAACAUCUGAUGCACAUGUAUAGGGACACGCGCACACACACAUAUAUACAUACACACAAUAUAUGGACCUAGUAUGUGACAAAAAGACUUGCUGUUGGACCUAGAGCGGCUUAGCACUUUCUACGGACAAGGAAACCCAGUGUUAAGGAUCUAAACGAGAGCAUCCACAUUUUUGUGGUUCUUGUGUGUGGAGUUUGCUUGUGAUGUCAUUGGGGAUAUUUGACAUUGCAGCACAAAAACCAAACUGAACUCAGCUGAGCGGUGCUACAUGAAGGGAAGAUGAUGGUGAGCUUAACUGAACUUAAGUGAAAACUUUUCCUUCUAAUUAUUCAAUUUGUGUGAAUGUGGACUCUCUGUGCACUGUUUUGGUUCUCUCAGAUCGAGAAACAUGAAACAUAUGCCGCAAAUCUGGCUCUGAGAGCAACCAGCACUUUUUUGGCUGUGUCACACAUAUGGGAGUUUCAUGCAGCGUGCUCACACUGAACUUUUUCAGCCUGUCUCAGGUGAUCUGAACCCAGUGGAUCUGAAAAGUACCAACAUUUUCUCUGGAAGUACAUUUUCGUCAAUCAUUGAAUUGGACACCACUCUCAGGCAGGUUAAACAUGUUUUUAUGGACCAACAGUCUUUGCUUUGCCAUGCUGAUGUGCUUUGGAUUUUGCUGUUGGAUUUUGUUGACCUUUUGGCAGUUGUAAUCCAGCUGUACAACUCACGGAAGAUUCAGACUCAUAUUCGGCAUCAUGUACUUCAUUAUCUUACACAGCAAUUCUAGACAAGAAUACAUAUUGCCACCUUAAUUGUUUAAAGAGGCUGAAAUUUAAAAUACAACAAAGUCUAUGACAAGGA